AUAUAGCAAAGAAGCAAAGGUUUGCAUGAGAAACAUAUAGUCAUACUAUAAAUUGAUAGAGGAAUUUACAAGGCGUAACAUCACCGCCGGGUUCUGAUCAAAUGGCUUCUCCUUCAGACCAGGACAGCAAAUACGAUUUGUCAUUCAAAAUACUGCUGAUCGGAGAUUCUGGGGUUGGCAAAAGCAGUCUUAUUCUCAGUUUCAUCUCUGCUUCUCAGGAGACCAUUGCCCCUACCAUUGGAGUUGAUAUUAAGAUCAAGCAUCUAACGGUUGGUGGGAAGAGACUAAAGCUCACGUUAUGGGACACUGCUGGACAGGAGAGAUUUAGAACAUUGACAAACUCCUUCUACCGAGACGCCCAGGGCAUCAUGCUUGUGUAUGACGUGACGAGACGAGAAACACUCACAAACUUGACGGAUCUAUGGGCAAAAGAAGUUGAGCUCUACUCCACUAAUAAAGACUGCGUUAAGAUGCUUGUGGGAAACAAACUCGAUUGUGAAUCAGACAGAGUAGUAACAAAAGAGGAGGCAGUUGCUCUUGCGGGAGAGCUCGGAUGUCUGUUCGCCGAAUGCAGCGCUAAAACUAGAGAAAAUGUGGAAAAAUGCUUUGAACAGCUUGCCUUAAAGAUAAUGGAGGUUCCCAGCCUGCAAAAAGAGAAAGACAAGCCCAUGCCCAUACCCAACCCACCUAGUGCGGGAUCUGAUUCGGGUGGCUGCUGCUAACUUGCUCGCUCUCGCUACCUCGGUUUGCUCCUCCGUACAAGAUGGAAAACCAUGUCUGUACCUCCAAAAGAGAACGGCAAACUGUUCGACAAAUAGAACAACCGAAUAAGUCAGCUUCUAGCAUGACCAAAUCUUGCAAGAUGUUAAUAGUAUGCACAGCUUGCGUAAAGUCUCUGUAUUUUAUGCUAGCGAUGCAUGCAUUGAAGUCUAAUUAAUUGCUUCUGUUUCCCGGGAGAAAACUAUAAACAUUAAAGAAAAAGAAUGGCCUUUAGUGCAAAUAUGUUAUAGUUUA